AUGGAUGCUGUGAGUGCUUCACAUGGCGUCUUGGGUCCCCUGCUGGGGAAGCUCACCAGUUUGCUCGCCGGUGAGUGUGCCCGCCUCAAAGGCGUCCGGCGUGAGAUCCGCUCGCUCAAAUCUGAGCUGAGCGGCGUGCAUGCUGCCGUCCACAAGUACACGACACUACAAGAUCCUGAUGUCCAGGUGAAGGCGUGGAUAUCGUUGUUGAGGGAGCUGGCCUAUGACAUCGAGGAUGUCAUCGACAAGUUCAUCCACCAACUCGGUACUAGCGGCCACCACCAGGGUGGUUUCAAGGAGUUUUUUCGUAAGACUGCUCGUCGUCUCAAGACGAUAGGCUCUCGUCGUGGACUUGCCAGCCAAAUCGACGAUCUGAAGAUUCGUCUCAAGGAGGUAAAAGAGUUGAAGACUAGUUACAAGCUGGAUGAUAUUCCCUGUGAACAUUCAACUGUGGAUCCCCGCUUGUCUGCUAUUUUUGUUGAUGAAGCACACCUUGUGGGCAUUGAUGGUCCCAGAGAUGAUCUUAUCAAUUGGAUGCUGGAAGAUGAAAGUAACUCGGCCAAGCAGCGCAAGGUGUUGUCCGUUGUUGGCUUUGGUGGUUUGGGGAAAACGACACUGGCGAGGGAGGUCUACCGCAAGAUCCAAGGACAUUUCCAUUGUUGGGCUUUUGUCUCUGUCUCACAAAGGCCUAAUGUAAAGAAAAUUAUGAAGGAUUUGAUCUCCCAGAUGCCUUGCAAGAAAGAUUUUAGAGAAGGUAUCGACACCUGGGAUGAUGUGAAACGUAUUGCGAAGCUAAAAGCGCUCUUAAAAGAUAAGAGGUAUCUCAUCGUUAUUGAUGAUAUAUGGUCCAUAUCAGCAUGGGACGCUAUUAAGUAUGCUUUCCCAGAGAAUGAUUUUUGUAGCAGAAUUAUUGCUACUACACGCAAUGUUGAUGUAGCAAGAUCUUGUUGUCAAGGUGGUAAUGGUCGCAUGUAUGAAAUGGAAGCCCUGAGUGAUCUCAACUCCAAAAGAUUGUUUUUCAAAAGAAUAUUUGGUUCCGAAGACUGUUGCCCUGAUGUGCUAAAACAAAUUUCAAAUAAUAUAUUGAAGAAAUGUGGAGGCCUCCCAUUGGCAAUUAUCAGCAUAUCAAGUUUAUUGGCAAACAGACCGGUGAUCAAAGAUGAGUGGGAGAGGGUGAGAAGGUCUAUUGGUUCUGCAUUGGACAAAAACCAAAGCUUAGAAGGAAUGAAUAGCAUAUUAUCCCUUAGCUACAAUGACCUUCCACCGCAUCUAAAGACCUGCUUGUUAUAUUUAUGUACAUAUCCCGAGGACUAUGUGAUUGAGAGAGAUAUUUUAGUGAGGCGAUGGAUAGCCGAAGGCUUUAUCUCUGAAGAACGUGGACAUACAAAACAAGUGGUCGCCGAGAACCAUUUCUAUGAGCUAAUAAACAAAAGUAUGGUUCAACCGCUGGAAGUUGGCUAUGAUGGAAAGGCUCGUGCUUGCAAAGUCCAUGACAUGAUGCUCGAGCUCAUUAUUUCAAAAUCGGUUGAAGAUAAUUUCAUCUCUUUGGCAGGCCAUGACCAAACUUAUUUGGCAAAUCGUCAUGGUCUUAUUCGGCGACUAUCUGUCCAGCAUAUUGACCAAGAGCUUGCAUCAAUAUUGGCAAAUGAAGAUCUAAGUCAUGUACGAUCUGUGACAGUGAUAUCAUUACCUUGCAUAAAACACUUGCCUAGGCUUGUUCAUUUUGAAGCUUUGCGUGUCCUAGAAUUUCAAGAUUGUCAGAAUCUGCAUGAGUAUGAUAUGAAUGGCAUAGAUAAACUAUUCCAGCUGAAGUACCUUAGCUUUAGGGGUACUGACAUGUCAAAGCUACCAUCAGGAAUUGUGAGGCUAUAUGAUCUAGAGACGCUAGAUCUUAGAAAUACACAUAUAGAAGAAUUGCCCACUGGAAUUAUUCAGCUUGUUAAGCUACAAUAUUUACUCAUUGCAAGAUAUUGCCCUUCUGGUGAUCCUUACGGUGAAACAAAGAUACCAUAUGGGAUUGGAGAUAUGAGGAAUUUACAGGUUAUCUCGGGCAUUAAUAUUUUCAAGAGUUCAUUAUGUGCAGUCGAGGAGCUAGGGAGCCUGACCGGGUUGAAAGAACUCUAUCUACAGUUGGAAGGGGGAGGAUCUCAAGAAUAUAAGAGGCACGAAGAGAUGUUACUCUCCUCACUAUGCAAGCUUGGCACCUGCAAACUUCAGUCUUUAUGUAUAAUCUCUUGUGAUUCAACGCCCCUUCAGUUCUUAAAUUCCUGGUCCCCUCUGCCGGAUAACCUCCAAAUAUUUUCGAUGUGCAGUAACUACUAUUUACCAAAGAUGCCAAAGUGGAUUGUACGAGCACUCACCAGUCUUGCACACCUGGAUAUAAAUUUGGUUGAAGCAACAGAUGAGGAUCUGCGGAUACUUGGAGAGAUGCCUAGUUUACUUUGCCUGAGUAUAACAUUCAAGACUGUCCAAAAAGAAAGGCUUACCAUACAAGGCGUUGCAUUCCAGUGUCUGAGGGAAUUUUUCAUUAUUCGUUCUGCCUCGUGUGCAAGUGCAAUUUACUUGACGUUUGAAGAAGGGGCACUGCCAAAGCUGGACAAGCUUAGGCUGCCGUUGUUUGUUUCACUUGCAGAAGCGUAUGGGUUCUACUUGGGUCUUGGCCACCUCCCCUGUCUGAGAGCUGUCGAAGUUACUAUCUACAAUGGCAUAUUGUUCAAAAGCACCUCUGCAGCAAUUGUCGCUAUACAGAAAGAGGCAAAGAGCCACCCCAACCAUCCCAGAUUAACUAUCAGGAGUGAGGGAACUACACGGAGGAAGAGAGCUACCAAUGGAAGAGGUAUUAAUCAUAAUCAACAAUUUCGUACAACACUUUCAGUAGGCAACCUUUCUCACGCUCUGAUGCCACAUGUUUUCCCUUCAUCUAUUCAGGGGGUCUUCUAUGAAAUGCAAGCACGUGAUGGCGUGCUGCUGGCUUGA